GGAUUACAUUUCCUUGAUUACUGCACAGGGGUUAGAGGAAUGAGAGGCUUGAGGAUCCUGUCUUUCAAUUCCCCAGCAAAACAAAAACACUCGGUCUAGUAGCAAAACAAGUCCAUGAAAGGCAAGCAGGGAUCCCGUUCGCCGCGUGAGUCGCCGCUUUUGAAAAUGCCUGGCUUUUGCAGAAAGGUCAUUUUAUUCGUGUGAAAGCCGAGAAGGGGAGGGAGGUAGACAGAGACUCAGCCAGUCACGCUGUAGGGGCGGGAAGGAUCCGGCUGGCAGGAUUCAAAUCGCGCCGCGUUUCGCGUCUUCUGUGGCCAAGAAAGCACGUCCCCGUCUUUGCUGCUGCUGCGGCUGCUGCGGCUGCUGCGGUGCUUCCCGUCCUUCCUCUUCCCCCGCCGGGAGCGGCUCCUCCUCCGCGCCUGCCCGCCUCUCCUGCUCCUGCUCCUUCAGCGUAAGGCCCGUUGUUGGCGGUUCCCGCGGCCGCCGCGCUUCUCUUUUCUUCCAAGCUCACCACGAUGGCCGGGUGCUGCGGCGGCACGCAGAGCGACGCCGGGGAAGAAGCGCUUCUGCGGAUCCUUUCCGCCCGAGGAGCCCGCAUCGCUGACGGCGGCCAGGGUCUGCUGGACAAGGGCUUCGACAUGUACAUAGCGGACCCCUUUGACGCCGAGCACAACCCUCAGGGCAUAUUAAAUUUUGGAACAAGUGAGAACAAGCUUUGCUUUGAUUUAAUAAAGGAAAGGCUUGCCAAACCUGAUAUGAAUUAUCUGGAGCCUCACUUACUGCAGUAUUCAGAUACACAAGGCAUUAAAAGCUUCAGAGAAGAAAUUGCCAGAUUUCUUACUGAAUAUGCAAAAGCUCCAGCAGCACUGGAUCCUGAACAUAUUAUUGUGAUGAAUGGUUGCUGUGCUGUAUUUGCUACUCUUUCAACUGUGUUGUGUGAUCCUGGAGAUGGGUAUCUAAUUCCUGCUCCAUAUUAUGGUGGCAUAAAUUCUAAAACUUGGCUCUAUGGUGGAAUGCAGCCCGUUCAUGUGCCCUUGUUCAGUGAGGUGCCUAAUGAAGAAAAUCAGCCUUUUCAAUUAACAAUUGAAAAAUUAGAAACUGCAUAUCAGAGAGCCAAGGAGCAGGGCAUCCGAGUCAGAGCAUUAAUCCUGAUCAACCCUCACAAUCCAUUAGGGGACAUUUACCCAGCACAGUUACUGAAAGAAUGUCUAGAGUUUGCGCACAGAUAUAAAUUACAUGUGAUAAUGGAUGAAAUUUACAUGCUCUCAGUGUAUGGUGAUACCACAUUCACAAGCAUUCUUAGCUUACAGAGUUUACCGGACCCAGACCGGACACACUUCAUGUGGGGAUUUAGCAAGGAUUUUGGCAUGUGUGGUAUUAGAGUUGGAGUAUUAUACACCAGAAAUUGUAUGAUAAGGAAAGCUAUUAAUCAGUUGGCUGGUUUUCAUGGAUGCCCUGGACCUGUGCAACAUGUUCUUAGGCAAUUCCUUAGUGACAGAGAAUGGCUGAAUAAUGUGUUUUUCCCAACCAAUAAAAGAAGACUUAAGGAAGCACAGAACAUUCUUGUAGAUGGCCUUUCAGAGAUAGACAUUCCAGUUUUCAAAAGCUCAGGAGGAUUAUAUGUGUGGGCUGACUUUAGAAAAUUCUUAAAGUCGCAGACAUUUGAAGCUGAAAUAGAUUUAUGGUGGAAAAUUCUUGAUGAAAAGAUUCUCAUUAGUCCUGGGAAAGCCUUUUACUGUUACGAACCUGGAUGGUUUAGGCUAGUCUUCUCAGAUUCUGUAGAUAAGAUUUACUUGUGUAUUCAGAGACUUCAGCAAAUGCUACAUGCUGAAAUGAGCAAAUCCAUUUCCAACAGUUCAUCUCCUAAAGAAAACAAGCAUACUGAUUUGGAUGAUGUUUCAACUAACUAUGUAUCAGUGGAUGAUGUCUCAGAAGGAUAUGCACACCUGAAAAAAAUAGCUGUCUUCUAAGAACCUGAAUGCUAAAACGAAGCAUGACAUGCUUAGUCUUACUGUAGCUAUGUGAUUUCCCCCCCACCCCAUUUUUAAUUAUUACCUGGCAGUGUGCAUUGUAACCUGUGGUUACGAUUUAAAUAUUGGGACUACUAGAAUGAAGUAUUUUGCUGAAACACUUAGAUCUUCUGAGCACUAUGGGCCAAAUUGUAUAUGAAAACAGUCACACCUCCCCAGUUGUUUUUCUUCCAGUGGGAUUUUGUGGCCAGAUAUAAUUUCCACUGGGAUAAAAACCGGAGAUGGAAGAGGGAAACAUGAUGGGAGAAGGUUGUGUACCUCCUCCUUAGUCCCCAUUUGCUUUAAAAUUGACACCAUCAAAUGUUUACAAAUAGUUCACGUUGGGCAACUCUCCUUUACAUUAAAUCAGGUCAUGCAACCAACUUCCAAGUAAUUGACUUUGAUAUCCCAGACAAUCAUGUGACUGUGCUUUGCACAUUGACAGCUUUGUGAAUCAGAUACUGAUUGAAUGUUGAUACAUACUGUAUGGAAAUGUGUAAAUGCUGAACCAUUGUUUAAACUGAAGGGUGAGCUUUCUGAAUGUGUACACCAUUGUAUUUUGCUUUCUAAGAAAGUGCUCAUAUUUUCUGUUUUUCAUUCUCGGAUUAAAUAGGUUUAUUUGUAUAUUGUGCUGUUUAUAUAUCAUUCUUGCAAAAACAUUGCCAACUUUGGUCUUCAACACCUCUAUAAAUAUAUUGCUGAAUGUGAUGGUGUUGAUUUAUGGAAGGAAUAGAAAAUAUAUAUUUGCCUAAGUUCCAGUGUCACAGGACAUGGAAUGUAAUUAACACAUUAGGUAACCAAUUAUGUGGUAUUGUUGGAUUUUACUUUGGUAGCAACUAGCUUUAAAUCAUCAUGACUGUACAAAAUAUAAUAAGGGAAACUUGCAUUGUUUCCAGGUAUGAUUUUAAAAUCCCCUACCAAUGACUGGGCAAAAUUGUGUUAGGUUAAGCUGCACGGAUAUUUUUUUCUUGGUGCUUUACUUCAGGAACAUAGUGUAUUUGGCUUUCACCCUUGCUGUGUAGUAUAUCAACUGGUAUUUUUCCUAGUCUUACCCUAUUUUUUAAAAAUAUGUGUUACAUCUUAGAAAGUCUGCAAAGUCUAAAAACUACUAAUCUGUCUCAACUACCUUGGUUGCUUUCCUUCUUUCUUGUCUCUUAUCUGCCCUGUUUUGUAUUAUUUUCAAGAUUCUUUGCUUUUUAAAAGUUAUUCCUUCACAUGUCACAGCACUUUGUAAAAUAUGUUAAUUAACUUUAUGAAACAGCAACUGAAUAAGAGUUGAAAGUGAUUACAAGGAUUAGAUUAUUUUGUAGCAUUAAAUGCCUACUUGAAUAAAGAAUUAUUUCCAGUACCA